CCGGGACGUUCGCUGCGCAAAGUCGCGUUCACGCUGCACGAUGAAGGUGCGUUGCUUUGCUUUUGCCGCCACCCACGCCGCUGCGCCGGUCGAGUCACGCUCCGCAUACGUACGUACUAACGGUGUUGCUUUAGUUCCGCAGGAGUAUGAAGAGUGAGAAGGACAACCGCCCGCACCACAUUUCAAUUCCACCCAAGGACGCUAUAGCCAUUGUCCCGCCAAAAAAGGUCAUAAAAGCGCUUUACGACUACAAGCCCGCCGACCCCAGCCCAAACUCUGGCUUCCUGGCCUUUUCACAGGGCGACUUUCUGCACGUCGUCGGCCGCGAAGACGACAGCGAGUGGUACGAGGCCUGCAAUCCGCUGCACGGCACGCGUGGACUGGUACCCGUUUCCUACUUUGAGGGCGUAGGCAAGACUGUGCGCGACAGUGGUGGCUCUGCGCCGCGCUCCUCCACACCGCAUCAGCAACAACAGCAGCCCCACGACUCGGGCUACCAAGAACGCAUCACGAGCCCCCAACCCUCGGCCCAGGACAUCAUGACACAGCAGAUGCGCAUGUCGCGCGGAGGAGGGCGUGGCGCCAUGGUCUACGGCAUCGUCAUCUACGACUUCAAGGCAGAGCGGCCCGACGAGCUCGAGGCCAAGGAGGGCGAGGCCAUUAUCGUCAUUGCACAGUCCAAUCCCGAGUGGUUCGUUGCAAAGCCGAUAACGCGACUCGGCGGUCCUGGCCUCAUACCCGUUUCCUUCAUCGAGAUCCGCGACAUGACGACGGGCCAGGCAGUCGCCGACACACAGGCAGCAGUCACGGCCGCGGGCGUGCCCAAGGUCGAAGAGUGGAAAAAGAUGGCAGCAGACUACAAGAAUGGCAGCAUACCGCUUGGAAAGCUCGAGACAAAUUCAGGACAGUCGCUGCAACAAGGCAUGGAGCGCAUGAGCAUCAGGAGCAACGGAGGGCACAACAAGGCCGGCUCGGUCUCUCACUCGCGCAACGGUUCCACGGCGCAACCACGAAACCAAUACCGCACAUCCGACAACUUGCUUGCACCCAUCAAGGCAUGCGUGCCACGCUACUGCUUUGCCGACGACAUCUUCUGGUUCAUUAUAGAGUGCCAGAUGGAGGAUGGCCGACACUGGGAGUUGCAGCGGCUGUACCAGGACUUUUACGACCUGCAGAUACAACUGAUAGCGACAUAUCCAGUCGAGGCAGGCACGAGUGGCUCAGGCGAGCGAACACUACCCUUCAUGCCUGGGCCCGUCACCUACGUAACGGACAACAUCUCCAACGGGCGCCGCGCCAACCUCGACGAAUACAUCAAGAACCUCCUCAAGCUAGGACCACACAUCACACAAGGUCACCUUGUCAAAGGUUUCUUCGCACCAAGACAGGGCGACUACGAGAUAGACCCGGAUAUUGUCGCUGCUGAAGAGUAUCGUCUGUCACAGCAAUCACACCAGUCAUCGAACCCUUCACAAGGAACGAGCAGACAAUCAUCUGCAGAUCAACUGCAAGCCACAACACCUGUCACACCUUACUCAACUGGCUCCAACUACCCCUCCCACCAGCGCGGCCAGUCAACCGCCUCGCAAGCAUACUCGUCAAACCUCAACCCACCGCCCAUGACCCACAACCACUCCUCUACCUCCACAGCCACCAGCACAGGCACAUCCUCUGCCCUCAAGAUUAAAGUAUGGUUCGAAGAAGAUAACUGCGUCGUCAUCCGUAUGCCUAUUUCGCUCAAGUUCAUCGACCUCUACAAUAAGCUUGUUGAGAGAAGGAAAAUGGAGCGGCCAGGCGAGGAAGAGGAGGAGUUGAUUGUUGAGUACAAAGAUGAACAGGACAAUUAUUUUUACCCCAUCGAGAAUGACGAGGAUCUCCAGAUCGCGGUUGAGAGGAAUCCCAAGCUGACGCUCAGUGUUACCACGAGGCGGUAAUGGUUGAGCAACGAUACAGGCUAUCUUCACCCCGCUCAACCUCAUUUCACUUCGCUUCUAUUCAUCGCGCUUUUCUUCUUCUUUUAUGAGAACUUUGUUCUCCCUGUGGCUACUGUCUGUGGCUACCUUCUCUAUUCCCCACUUUUGGCGUUGCAAAAGGAUUCAUAGCUUCCGAGAGCGAUCUGACUGGCGUUGUUGGGCGUUCAGCGGAGCAAUGAGUGCAUGACGGCAGGCGGGUUCUUUUUUUUGGGUUGCGUCUGAGUUGGAUCUACUACGGGAUGUUUGACAUGUUGCAACGGGGUGUUGGGUGCUUGAUUAUGUCACGGAGGAUUCUAGAUGAUAUACACAAUGGGGCUCAAUACGGGGGCUGAGGGGGGAACAUGACGGGGAAGUGAGUGGAGGGUAGGCAAAAUGAGAGAUAUCUUGCGUAC